AUGGAUGUUGAAACGAUUAAGCAUCACCUUUAUAAGUCUGGAUUUGUUGAUAACUAUUUUAUCUGGAAGCAUCAAGGAGAAAAAGAUGUGAUUGGUGAGAUUUCUUCUGAUCAGGAUUUGAAUGGUGGUGCUACACCUGAAUUAGGAUAUGAUAAUCCAUACCGUCAAAUGAUUUUUGAUGCAGCUGGUCCUAACUUUCCCCAAGGUUCAAGUUGGCAAUCUUUUAGCAAUAUUGAACAUGAGUUGUCUCAUCCUUGUGAACCUUCAAUGGAGGAAGAUCCUAAUCCCGAGUCCCAAAAAUUAUAUGAUUUACUACAAGCAGCUGAUGCAAAAUUGUAUCUCGGUUCUUCCCUCUCUCAGCUUGAUGUUAUCUCUCGAAUGUUAAAUAUUAAAAUAGAAAACAAUAUGUCACAGAGAGGUUAUAACCAAAUGAUGCAAUUGUUGAUAGAGGCUUUACCUGAAGAUAACAUAGUGCUUGAUAGCUACUAUCAGACCAAAAAGGUAGUGCGUAGCUUGGGUUUACCAGUUGAAAAGAUUGAUUGUUGUGAAUUAGGAUGUAUGUUGUAUUGGGGUGAUGAUGAACACCUUACAUCUUGUACAUUUUGUGGCCAUGAUAGAUACAAGCGUCGUAUUGGCUCUCAUAAGAGGAAAUUGAUCCCUUACAAGAAAAUGUAUUAUUUUCCUUUGAUUCCUAGAUUGCAAAGAUUAUAUGCAUCCCAUGCUACAGCUGCCGACAUGAGAUGGCAUCAUGAGCAUACAAAAGAGGAUGGUGUAAUGUGUCAUCCAUCAGACUCUGAGGCUUGGAAGCACUUUAAUGACACUCAUCCUUUUUUUGUUGAUGAACCAAGAAAUGUAAGGUUGGACUGA